UUAUAUAGAAAGACUUGGCUUUAAUAAUUCAAAUUUAUAGUAAACUUAAACUAAUCUAUUUCAGAUCAGGACUUUGAUAAAUUAAUUGAAAGUUUACCUUUGCAGUCUAACAAUAAUAAUGCUUUUGCUGACUCAAUUUUCUCAAUAUAAGUGUUGUAAAUCUGCAACAAGGUAAACUACCAUUUGAGAGGAAUUAUAAGCUUGGAAGUAAUUAAAGAAAAAGGAAUUACAAUUGAAGAAAGAGAGAUGACACACUCCACUGAGAUGACCCCAACAGAUGAUCAAAGUCCACUUAUUCCUCAAAUUAAUACUAAUAAUGAUAAGAUAGAUGAAGAGUUCCACAAAUCAAAUAUUUAAUGAAAGAUUUAAGCAUUUGGACACUACAUGCAUCAACUUUGCAACCAUAUUCAAAGUAAAUGCAGGGCUACGGAAAUCAAAUCCAGAUGCUUAUACACCAAUGUUGAUCUCCAUUGGUCCUUAUCACAAGAAAAAUUCUCAACUUGGCUCCAUGGAAAAGUACAAACUGUUGUACCUACGACGAUUUCUCAAGCGGAAAAAUGGGCUUGAUGUGGAAAGUUGCAUUACUGAAAUUGAUAAACUGAAAUAUGAAGCACUAAAGUGUUAUGGCGAUAACCUUGACAGUGAUAUUGUUGACAAAUUUUCAGAAAUGUUGUUGCUUGACGGUUGUUUUGUGGUUGAAUUUAUUCGAGAGUGCUGGGAAGAUGAGGAAAAAGAAAACAACAUCAUCAAAUUGGAAUGGAUGAAGUAUCAAGUAUGUAGAGACAUGGUGUUACUAGAAAACCAACUUCCUUUCUUUGUGCUUGUCAGACUUUAUCGCAUGACAUCACAUCCUACUGAAGAGAACUUGUUGUAUAUGGUGAGACAGACCUUGCUUGAUACUUUUCCAAAGGCAAAAUUUAUACCCAAAUCAGAAAUUCAAUUUAUAACAGAACGAUUCGACCAUUUACUUGAUGUGGUACACAUGUUUUGUCGCCCAUCAGGUAAGAAAGUUGACCAAAACAUGAAUGCUAGCACGCAAAACCAGUGUUGCAACAUAAGUUUUUGUGGCAACAGUUUGCAAUUAUCUACAGAAAUCCACCCUCAUCUUAAAUUUUGGCAAUGCUAUCAUAUUCCAACUGCAAGAGAGCUUUUUGACGCUGGAGUUAGCUUCUUAAAAAUAGGAUCUGUGGAAGAAAAUGACGAGGAUAAAGCAUCACUAUUCGAUAUCACAUUCGAGAAGGGAUUAAUGAAAAUUCCGUGUUUCGCGAUUGACGAUAAUAUGGAAACCUUCAUGAGAAAUAUGAUAGCUUUUGAGCAACAUACUUCAAAAGAACUAUAUCCGUAUUUCUCGAAUUAUGCACAUUUAAUGACUCAACUUAUUGGCUCACAUAGAGAUGUGAAUUUUCUUCGCCAAAACAAAAUCAUCCUUAAGGGCAUGGGAGAUGACAAAGAAGUGGCCAGCAUAUUCAAGAAACUUUCAGAUGGGGUGGUAAUCACAGACUUUUAUUAUAUAAAAGAAUGCAGUAAAUUGAUUCAACAUUGUGAAAAGCCAUGGAGUCAAAUGAAGGCAAGUUUGAAGCACAACUAUUUUCAGAGUCCUUGGGCAGGAGCUUCAACUGUGGCAGCUAUUACACUUCUUGUGCUCACAACUAUACAGACUGUUCUGGCUUUUACCAGUUAUGUUAAUAAGUAAUCUUUGUUGUAGCUGUGUAACACAACUAUUGACUCAUCGAGUGAUUCCUCAUUAUGCAAUUAUUUGUGUGUUGAUGAGCUUAAUAUUGUG